AUGACUAUAAAUAAUACUGCGUCGGUAUUAGGUGGUAACAUUAAUUCAAUAUCUAAUAACUCGUCUGCUCCAAGACGCAAUUCUUUCGGCUCCACUGUCAAUAAUAAUACUGAAUAUAAUAAAAGAGCUCCAUAUUCUCAGUUUUACUCAUCCAAUUCAACUAAUCCAGGUCCAGUUGGGAGUGGUGCUCCUGCAAAUACUGGUAACUAUAAUCUUCAAGCAAGGUCAUCACCUCCGACUGGUAAACCAGGUGUUGCUGCACACAAUAAUAAUGCUCGUAUCGUUACUGGAGCCGGCGAGAAAAAGCAUCGUGGAGGAUAUGGUAGGGGAAGAGGUAAUAGCGGUAGUCAUGGCAAGGAAACCGGGCGUAGUAGAUUGCUUGAGGAGUUCCGUAACAACCGGUACCCUAAUUUACAAUUGAAGGAAUUGUGCAAUCAUAUUGUUGAAUUUUCACAAGAUCAGCACGGGUCUAGGUUUAUACAACAGAAAUUGGAAAGAGCUACAACUGCUGAAAAACAGCUUGUUUUUAAUGAGAUCAUAAAUUCCGCUUAUGAUUUAAUGACCGAUGUAUUUGGCAAUUAUGUUAUCCAAAAGUUCUUUGAAUUUGGAAGUUCAGAACAAAAGCAACUACUUGCAGAACGGGUUAAAGGUCAUGUAUUGCCUUUAGCGUUGCAAAUGUACGGGUGCAGAGUAAUACAAAAAGCCCUAGAAUCGAUACCGGUAGAGCAGCAGACGGAAGUUGUAAAAGAGCUUGAUGGCCAUGUUUUAAAGUGCGUGAAAGAUCAAAAUGGAAAUCAUGUAGUGCAAAAAUGCAUUGAAUGUGUAAGCCCAUCAGCAUUGCAAUUUAUUAUAAACGCCUUUAAGAAACAGGUAUUUUCACUUUCUACCCAUCCAUACGGUUGUCGCGUCAUACAACGAAUCUUAGAACAUUGUACACCAGAGCAAACAGAACCCAUUCUAGAUGAAUUGCAUGAAGCAACCGAACAACUUGUCUUAGAUCAAUAUGGCAAUUAUGUAAUUCAACAUGUUUUAGAGCAUGGUCGUUUAGAAGACAAGAGCAAAAUUAUUAGUAAACUGACGGGCAAAAUUGUAGAACUUAGUCAACAUAAAUUUGCAAGCAAUGUUAUCGAGAAAUGUGUAUCACAUUCUACAAAAGCUGAAAGAGCUCUUCUGGUAGAGGAAGUGUGUAGUAGCCAUUCUGACAGUAAUCAAAAUAAUAGUGGGUUAUAUACUAUGAUGAAAGACCAAUUCGCGAAUUAUGUAAUUCAGAAGAUGAUAGAUAUGGCAGACUCCCCUCAACGUAAGAUAUUAAUCCAAAAGAUACGCCCUUUUACAGGAGUGCUUCGUAAGUAUACGUAUGGGAAGCAUAUUUUAGCUAAACUAGAGAAAUAUGUUGGUAAAGGAAAUGCUAGCUAUGAUGAGAGUGAUGAUGACCAUGAAAGGUCUAACAGCGGAGGUGCUAUGUAA